GUUUGGUAAUGUGUGCAAGUUUUGGUAAUUAUCCCCUCAAAAUGAGGAAUACAUUCUUUUUUUUAAGAACUACUUGAAAGCGCUAUCUUUUUGUGAAACCUGCGGAGAGCAAACCGGCUGAAAAAUUUCUGUACGCUGCCCAUGGAUCCAGGUGAAGGCUCAACCUUUAAUUUUGCUGUGUAUUACAAUCCUGACAAAGACCAGUGCUCGCCUUUCUUUUACCAAGGCCAGGGAGGAAAUGCCAACCGUUUUCAGAGUGAAAGAGAUUGUAUGAGAAACUGCUCAUAUAAUUCAGAAGAAAACUACCCCAUGGAUGAAAGAGAAGCCUGUCGCUUCAAAUAUAAGAAAGGAGGAUGUAGCGGUUUCUACUUGAGAUACUACUAUGACGCCGCUUUUGACAAAUGCAAAAGAUUUAUCUGGACAGGCUGCUUUGGAAACGGAAACAGAUUCUUUGACCAAACCAGCUGCAAUGCCACCUGUGUUGGCAUCCAUGAUGACAGGGAUGAAGAGGAGGAGCACGAGUCAGACACUCCUGUUGCCAUCAUCUGUGGAGUUCUGCUUGCCGUUAUCGUUCUCUCUAUCUUAAUAACUGUGACAGUCCUCACGGUUAAGUCAAAAAAAAAAAAGCAAAAGAAGGGAGGAGGGAAGAACAAGGACCCCAAAAGCGAAGCACCUCUUCAGGAAGCUGCGUUGGAAAUGACAUAGAAAAUCUCUUCUCCUGCAAAACAUUUCACUUAGUUUUUUUUUUUUAAUUUGGUUGCCAUAAAGAACUAAUUUUUUUGUGUCUUGAAACCAAAUGCCUCAAUUUUACCUCUGAAGACUGCAUUCAAAGUCCCAUUAAAAAGAAAGAAAAAAAGAAGUUGUACUUUAAAUAAGAGCUCUGGUUUUUUUAUAUUACCUGCAAAUGUUUUUUUUGUUUUUGUUUACUUAUUCUUGUCAUCUCACAGAUUCAACCAAUAUU